CGUUCUGGGCCAUAAUACAUUCCGCGAUUGCGUAGAAAUGUUCAAGCAAUUCCAGGAAGUUCCACGACUCGCGGCACCUCAAUGACUAUUUUAUUUUCUGCGUUGGCUCUCCGUUCUCGUUCCAUAAACAUUAAAGCGACUUGCGCCGCCGUGACCCCAGAAUCAGGAAAGAUGACACGUAACGACAUCAACGCGCUUGAAAUUGACAGGCCUCCAGCAGAUGGAUCGAUUCUCGCACGCGUCGUCACAGCCGUCUCCGAACCAGUUCCACAAACAAGCCUCGUACUCGGUGAUGAGAUUAGGCCGUUGAGCAAAGCGUCGCUUAUCCUUACUUCCUGCCUAGUCAUGCUAUGCAAUCUGACUCAGUUUAUUUCGAUGUUUUCGACUGUGGCGGGCGGCUUCGAAUUUACCAAGAGGCUUGGGCAUAGUAUCGGGCCAGGCGAGGCUAAUUGGAUGGCCGCAUCGUACUCCCUUACACAAAGCGCUUUUGUGCUUAUCAGUGGCCGCCUGGGCACCAUAUAUGGCCAUCAACGCAUGCUCAUGGUAGCAGGCUGUUUCAUCUUCGUGUUCUCUCUUGGAAAUGCUUUCUGCACCACCUAUAUUACAUUCGUAACGAUGCGGGCCAUGACCGGAAUUGGCGGAGGAAUUCUAAUGCCCAACGCCGUCGCCAUAUUAACGACUAUGGCUCCGCCAGGAAAGAUGCGAAACUUCACCUUGGCUAUAUUCGCGGCAUCCCCUCCGAUUGGUGCUAUGCUUGGUGCGCUUCUGGUAGGGGUGUUUUUCGAAUUGACCGAAUGGAAAUGGUUCUUCGUCCUCAUAGCCAUCCUCACUGCAAUAGUCUUUAGUGCAUUAUACUUGGUUCUCAAGCACGAAGAGCCUUUGGACAAACAGGGUGGCAUUGACUUCGUAGGAAUAAUACUUGGCCUAGGCGGACUCGUGUUGUUUAACUUUGUUUGGAACCAAGCGCCAUCAGUUGGCUGGAACGAGCCCUACGAGAUCGCUAUCGUCAUUCUCUCAGUCGCAAUGCUGGCAGCAUUCUUCGUAUGGGAGAGCAGAUUCGCCAAGGAGCCCAUCAUGCCGUUGUCGAUAUUUGCAGCUCCAACGUUCACCGCGCUGGUUUUUGUGGUCUUACUAACUUACAUGUCAGUGGGUAUCGCGCUCUGGUACAUGGUCGCUUGGCAACAACUCUUACGAGAUUGGACGGUACUUAGCGUCGCUGUUGGCUGGAUCCCCUACAGUGUUGGUGCUUUAAUAGCAGUCGGUCUUGCUGCGUGGCUAAUUCCUCGACUCGAAGCUCAGUACAUCAUGGCUUUUGGGAUCAUCUGUUCCAUUAUUUCACUGGUACUUCUUGCGACAAUGCCAGAGAAACAGGUCUACUGGGCGCAGACCUUCCCUUCCAUCUUCAUUGGCGCACUAUGCGCAGACUUUGUCUAUGUAGCCGCGCAAAUAAUCGCCAGCAAUAGUGUCGGAAAACGAGAACAGGGUGUCGCCGGAAGCUUGAUUGGCACGCUCAACCUUUAUGGCAACAGUCUUGGGCUUGGAUUUGCGGGUACCAUUGAGAGUCAGGUUGUGAAGAACGGAGGAAGUGAGUCUGAUGGGUACCGAGCUGCCUUGUGGUUUGGGAUGGCCCUUGUGGUAUUGGCUUUAAUUCUGGACUUUCUGUUUGUCAGAAUGCCGAAAAGUGACCAUGAAGGAUGGGAGAAGCAUCCUGAUGGCGCAAUCGCAAGGGUCCAGUCGGGACAACAAGGAGAUCUCCAUGUAUAAUGUGGCGAGUAAAUGCGAG